UCAAACAGUACCAAAGGGGGGCAGAGAGAGAGAGAGGAAUGGGGUUCAAUCUCUUUCAUGGCAGUAGUGAUGUAAAAGCCUAAAAACAAAACUUAGUUUCAAGGGUUUCAGUCCAACAGUCCCAACUUAGAACCCCCCACACUCACAAGAGAGAGAGAGAGGGAGAUGAUAGGGUUGAGGGAUGUCUACCUGGUGCUCUCAGCCAUGGUGCCACUCUACAUACCUCUAGGCCUUGGCUACGGCUCGGUGCGGUGGUGGGGUGUCUUAAACCCCGAGCACUGCAAUGGCAUAAACCGAGUCGUCGCCCUCUUCACCCUCCCUCUGUUCACCUUCAAUUUCACUGCAAGCAUUGACCCCUUCACCAUGAAUUUUCGAUUCUUAGGAGCGGAUGCCCUCUCAAAAGUCUUCGUAGUUGCCGCAGUCGCACUUUGGGCUAAAACUCGAGGGACAUGCUGUAAAGGCCCAGCUUGCUCUUGGGCUAUUACAGGUUUCUCCCUCUCCACCCUAACAAACACACUUGUGGUUGGUGUCCCUCUAUUGAAAGCAAUGUAUGGUGGUAUUGCUCAAGAUCUAGUGGUUCAAGUUUCAGUUAUUCAGGCAAUUGUGUGGCUGAGUAUUCUAUUGUUUGUGCUCGAGUGCCGAUCGUCGUGUAUCAAUGGUGGCGUGGUGGUGGCCUCUGAGACUGUAGGAAAUGAAGGUAGCCAUGUGGCUGUGGAUGUUGCAGGGACUGACACUGGGGUGAAGGUUGUACAAGUGCAUAAGAGGCCUUCUCUUGGAUCCUUGAUGAAGGUGGUGUGGAGGAAGCUUGCUCUAAAUCCUAAUUCUUAUGCUAGUAUUGUUGGCGUUAUAUGGGCUUUCAUUUCUUCAAGGUGGCAUUUCUCAAUGCCAUUGUUGAUGGAGAACUCAGUGAGCAUGAUGGCCAAAGCUGGAUCAGGCAUGGCCAUGUUCAGCAUGGGUUUGUUUAUGGCAUCACAAGAGAAGCUGAUAGGGUGCGGGCCGAGCCUUACGGUGUUGAGUAUGGUGUUGAGGUUCUUGGCGGGCCCAGCAGCCAUGGCCGUUGCCUCCAUCGCCGUCGGAUUGCAUGGAGACGUCCUCCAUAUAGCCAUCAUUCAAGCCGCUUUGCCACAGUCCAUAACCUCAUUCAUCUAUGCAAGAGAAUAUGGUCUCCAUGCAGAAGUUCUCAGUACAGCGGUUAUAUUUGGGAUGCUAGUUUCCCUUCCGGUGCUGAUCGCAUACUACGUUGUCCUCGAGCUUUUGAGAUGAUUAUGGGGAAAAGCAACGAGUCUUAUUCUCUAAUGCAAAGGCAAUUAUUAGGAAAUUCUUCUGAAAUUUUAAUUAUUCCUUUCCCCUAGGUGUUUAAGAGACUUCUCCAAAUUUGUAUGACCUUUUGAGAUUUUAAUUAUACUUUUCCCCCAAGUGUUUAAGAGACUCCUCCUAAUUUGUAUAACCUUUAGAUUGUGCGUACAAAUCUUGCAAUUUUUCUUGCAAUUUAUUAA